AUGGAAGAAAGUUUGGAGCCAAGUACAUGGCUUGAUGCAUUAUUGUUUGUUCUACCAGUUUUUUUCAGGAAAAUCUUCCUCUUGCAAUUGGUAGGACUCGUGCUGACCUACGAUUUCAAUAGUUGUGACUUUGCUUCGAUUAAAAUGGACUAUCUGAGAACCAUUUCUAAAGAGCUGGAGAAGUGUGUGGAUGAGGAUACAAGUGCCGAGUUGGACAGCCACCUAGAAUGUGAGGAAAAGGUGAGCAGAUCAUCCAGUGCAGUUUACUUUCUCCGGAGAGACUCCAAGGGCAUUCAGGGAAAGAAGAUGCUGCGGUGUAUAGAAACCCAGCCGUCCGAGUGUCUCACUGAAAUCGAACUUCUUACCUUCAACUCCAAGGAUGGUUGCCCGUCGUCACUGGCCAAGAGCACCUUCGCUAAAAAAAUUAAGGCUUCGUUCACUCUCCACUGCCCAGACUACCCUGGAAUUCAGAUAAAUAACAACUGGACAGUGAAGAAAAAAAAUAGAAGAAAAAGAGAAGACAAAAUAUGUGAAUGUCCAGCAUUAGUCUCAGUAUUAAAAGAAUUGUGGUAUCGAUUCAGUCGAUUGACAAAACCACCUAGUAAAUCUUAA